AUGAAAUGCCGGCAAGGCAGCCAACCGGCUUCUAAAUGCGAGCGGUGCGCGCGGAAGUCUCUCGACUGCGUGUUUCAACGGCAUCGUAGAGGCCGGAAGCCUGGGACGAAGAUCGCCAAGCGGAACACGCCUACAGCGCCGCGUGCCGCAAAUUCAGCUGUGAACAAGACGCCGGGCUACAGCGCUCCAUCGAUGGUAGAAACAGUACCGGCUGAGGAGCCUGGCAACUUACAGCCAUCCGGAGUGCUCAAUCAGGAGGCAAUGCGUGGCAAAUUCUCGCUGCGCCGAAUACUGAGCACCGCAGAUAGUGAUGCUAUGGAACCACCGGAAGCAUCUCCCCCAGGCCGACCAGAAGAUCCCAUCGAGAUGGGCAUCCUCAGCCUCUCCAUUGCUAAAUCACUUUUCGAGAAUUUCAUUCUGGUUCUCAACCCGUAUAUAAGUCAGCUGGAUCCCCAUCUGCACACUUUCUUCUACGUCCGCCAAAAGUCGCCCUUCUUAUUCACAGCUGUUCUUGCAAUGUCUGCAAAGGCGUUCAAUCCCAUCGUAUAUAAUGCGCUGUAUGACCAUGCGCAACACCUCUACACCGAAGUCUUUCGGAAUGGCCUCAAGUCAACAGAGAUUGUCCAGGCCAUCCUCAUCCUCACCUAUUGGAAGCAACCACAAGAUACGCGAGCAUGGACAUCGAUAGGAUAUGCCAUUCGCAUGUGUAUGGACAUGGGGUGGCACAAGCUGGCACCCUACUCCACAUCCAGUCGUCUCACCAUGGGCGAAGCCAGGCGACGCGAAAUUCGUAACAUUGAGCGGACGUGGUAUGUGCUAUUUGUCUAUGAUCGAAGUAUCAGUCUCCAAACCGGACGGCCUUGGAUGAUUGAGCGCAACGCCUUCAUAGAGUCGAUCGACACUUGGUGCACUGAUGCCAUCGCAGACCGCAACGACGACUUGCUUGGUGCCUUUGUCAAUCUGAGACUGAUGAGCACCUCAAUCUUUUCUCUUCAUGCUCCCAGCCGUUCGCGCGGCGAAAGAGUACCUCUGGAGGAUAUGGAAACCCUACUUUCGCUGAAGAAAGCCAGCAUUGAGAGAUGGGAGCGCCACUGGGUCCAAGAGGUGGACAAAAAGCUGUUGCCCGAAGAAGAGACGUGCCACAAAUUCCUGAUCCGGUUCUACGGGAUGCAUUUUCGAUUGCAGCUCUUCUCGUUGCCGCUCCAAGACGUGCUUUCCUCAGCAUACUCGGAAUCAUCUCUCCAUUUGGACAUCAUCUGGGCCGCAUUCACAGGUGCCAUGGACAUGCUGAAGCUGGUGUCACAACAUUCGACCCAGCUGUAUUUUGCUCAGGACUCCAUUCAUGUCAUGACUGCCUAUAGCGCGGCGUUUCUCGUCAAGGAAAUAGAGUCCUCAACAAUAUCUGUCAUUCGUUCUGCCGCUCAAGCCUUCUCUCACCAGGCGUCAGCUCCAGGAACGAGCUGCGAAUUGCAAGCACGAUUUCUUCACAAUAUUGCGACAAAGGUUGCUCAGAGAAAUAGAAAGGAGAAUGUCGCAACGCCUACAAUCACCUCUGGCCUAGAUCGACAUGCAUCUGAAGACCAUGAUCACUCAGAGUCAUCCAAGCUACCAUUCUUACCACCAGAAGUCAACCAGGCCAUGCCCCAGCCGCUUGAGCAACCUCUCCCCGACGUCUUCAUCUUUCCGCAUCCUGACUUGGAUCCGUUAUUCAUGGACGACGGUGCAUGGGCUGAUAUUCUGGCAAGUGCCGCGUUCAACACUCAAAACGUCGUUUCCGAGUGGCUGAAUGUGCGAAUGCCUUCUCUGAUAAUUUUCAGUUGA